AUGCAAGUACUCUCCAAGGUCGCAGGUGAUUUCUUCAUCGUCUUCACCCACGCGCUCAACAUGUCCGACCACAUCAAUGUCAUCAGCAACGACGGAUACGAGCGCUCGCUGGCUGGUACUCGAACCGAGUGGGACGCUCUCGGAGAUGUUGAGCACGCCGAGUACAGUGAUUUUGGCUAUUACCGUGAUAUUCGCUAUGACUGGGCAUCUUCGCUAUCCGCCUAA